GUCUGCGCACGGCUAAAGAAAUUGUUUUCGCGUUAGUGCGCGAUAAAAAGUUGACUAUUUGUUUAUCUUUAUCAGAAAAGCAAUAGAUUUGCCUUAAUCGUUAGUAGAAACCCAUUGCGCUAAAAAGAGUUAAAACAGAUGACAUGGAAGUGAAUUACAAAUUUACGUGCCGCUGUUGCCUGAAGUCCGAGGCGGAAUUCUUCAAGCUGGACUCCCUAUCAGAUAGUGUCUUAGACGACAAUGAUGAGUGCUCCACAAAAAUACCCCUUAUACGCUUACUACUAUUCUGUAUGCGCACCGAAAACUUACCCGAGCUGCCGCAAUAUAUUUGCGUGGAGUGCAGCAAGAGCUUGCAAAUUUCCUACUUCUUCAUCCAAAACAGUCUCCGGGCACAUGAAAUACUGUGUCGCAAACUAUGCCCUGGAAAACUGGAGGGUACAACGCGUUUCAAUGGCCAACAACUCUGCGAGGAGCGACAAGAUGACGCGACAGUCGUCACGCAGAAGACGAAGGCUCCCAAGUCCGGAUUGCGGCACGAAUGCAAAGUAUGUGGCGCCAUUAUCUAUAAUCGAGUGGAACUCAAGCAACACAUUCGCAUGCACACAGAAGAGGCGGGACAUGCGUGCAAGCUAUGCAAAUUUGUGACUUUUAAGCAGCGUCAACUACCAGAGCAUUAUCAAAACGUCCAUGGAUUGACGGCUGCCCAAAUUGAAAAGCAACUUAAGAUCAGAAGAUCGAUGCAAGCGGCUGCUGCUGCAACAACAUCAGCUGCGACGUCCACAUCAGCUGUGGAUGACAAUCAGGUGAAGGUGUGCACACUGGAGGACAUGGAGCUGCUGAUACCCACUGUGAUGAGGCCGGAGGACUUUUCGCAGCCACAACUGGAUGCAGAUCAACUGCGUGAUAUUGAGCAGCAAUUGGCCAACUCGUUGGCUGCUGGCCAAUCUGGGUCAGAUGCUAUGCCAACCGAGCCUACGAUAGCGACGUGUGGCAGUGGCAGUAGCAACAUGAGCAUAGGUGCACAGUUUCUGGUCAUGCCCGAUGGCUCGUUGCAGCAAGUCAAUGAUGGCGGAGUUGUUUUCGAGUAUAUUGAUGACAGCAAAAGUACCAGCACCACCAAAACAACACUGCAGAGCUUAUUGGAUGACUCCAAACCAGACGUGUCUUAUAAUGCAAUGGACAUUGAUGUGAACCACUUGGUACCGAAUGCGCUGCCACAGAUCACAGUGAAACCACCGCCAAGACCAGGUCCUGGAUCAAUUGCCGCCCUAAAACACAAGUGUAAACUAUGUCCCAAAGCCUUUCCCACGGUGGCGCGUCUUAAAUCUCAUCAGUUAACACACAGUCAUUUACCGAAAUUCUAUUGUGAUCAGUGUGCCUACUAUUCGCUACGCAGUGCCGAUCUUAUCCAACAUUAUAUGGAGGAGCACAAGACUUUUAUUGGUGAUAACAAGAGUCAACUGGAGAAAUCAUCGCUGUCGCUGACGACAGAUAGGAGUCGCAUAUAUUCCUGCGACAUGUGCUUAUAUGAGACACUGACCAGUUUCCAGCUACGAAAACACUACAGCGAUAAGCACCAGAUGCAGCCCAGUGAGGUGCAGUUGCGUCCCAGCUGGAGCAAUGAGUCCAAAGAGAAGGGCGGCAGAUCGACGCUAGUCAGUGACCAAAAUCAGCUGAGAAACUCACAACCAGCCAUAUCACAUAUUCCGCUGGGUAUUAAAUAUCCAACAGUCUCAGCUGUGACAACAGCUGAAUUGCGAGCGACAAACGAGUCGAGUGCAACCACAGCGAUGCAGCUAAAUACAGCACAGCCAACAACAACAACAACAGCUGUGGUCACGCCUGCUGGUGACAUAAAUGUGGUCGUAGAUGCAACCACGUUGUUCUAUGCAGCAACUGCAGCCUCAACCACUGUGGAAGCAACAGCGACGACAACAACAACGCCACCAAUUACAACGGAUUCAAACGAGUUUACAAUAUUCCCAGGGCAAUCUUUUGUCAACAGCAUGACAACAACAACGAUGCCGGGAGAGACAAGCGGAAUGCUGCCUGCUGUUAAUACUGUUACUGUUUCUGCUGUUGCUCCCACAGGAAAUCCAAACUCUAGCAUCUUUGGAGAUAUGCAAGACUUUAUUGAUGACACCGAUGUGGCAGCUGUAUGCACCAUACCCGCCGACGAUAUGCCAGUCGUCGAUGGCGAUGACAUUGUUAUUGAUAACAAUAAUAUGAACCUCGAUUUUGAUGCUGAGAAUCUAUUUGAAGACUUUGAAGAAGACGCUGAAGUUGGCGAGGAGGAUGAUGACGACGAUGAGGAGGACGCUGAGAAUGAUGAUGAGAAUGAUAACAAUAAUGCGGCUGCCGAUCAAAAUUUGUUUCUCACCAGCGAUGAUGAUGAUGUUGAUGACUUUGAUGAUGAGCAAUCGAAGCAUCUACAGAAACCAUAUUGCAUCUAUUGUAACAAAAAGUUUACCAGCCAAUACAAGUUCGAGAAUCAUAUGUUUGUACAUCGCGGGUUGGCGCCAUAUCGCUGUGAGCUCUGCACGAAUCUGUACAAUAUGAAACGUCUGCUUAUACGGCACUACAAAACGGUGCACAAGCGUAUGCCCACUCGUGACAUGGUUCAGGCCAAGGGCGACAAGGUGUUAGUAGAGCGUACAGCCAUCGAAAAGCUGAACAUCAAUGUGGAGAAGCUAGCUCCCAUGCUGAUGUGUGCCAAGUGUCCUUUUGAAUGCGAACAGGAAGCUGAGAUGCGGAAGCAUCUGAAUGCGCAUCAUGGCAUCAACGAUGGCGUCUCUGUGCAUGCCAACGAGGUGUUUAUCAUUCGCAAAUUGCCUUUUGAGUGUCCACGCUGCAUUCGCUCAUUUGCGGCCAAGCGAACGCUGACCCGUCAUUUGCAACGGAGUCAUUUGGUGGACACAAUCAUUGAGAUGCAGGCGCCUCAAUUGACAACCAGCACGGCGGCAACAACAACCACAUCAACGGCUACAACAACACUGCCAAAGAAUGACAGCGAUGUGUGUGGUGACAAUAAAGCAACAACAAUGCAGCAGGAGUCCAACUUCAUGGAUACUUUGGAUGACGAUGGCAAUGAAAAAUGCGAAGACAGUAUGAUAAACAGUGACACAGGAAUAGAAACGGAUAAUGAAGAUAUAUGCACAAAACCAUUAACAACAACGUCAGCAAUAGGAACAGUAAAAACAGCUUUAAACGAGGACAAUGCAACUGACACAAACACAGAAGAAGCAACAUCCGCUGAAGUUGCAUCUUCAACAAGGUCAGAAUCAUCGACACCACUUACAACAUCAGAAACAGCAGAUAAAGCACCAACAGUGGACUCAACACUCUUUCCACCACCUACGCCCUUUGAUUUUGAUUUAGAUUUCAUUGGCAAUGAUUCACAUGCCACUUCGCUUAAGAACAACAACGAUAGCUUCAGCGUUAUAUCAAGCGUUCGUCAACUUUUAAACGGCAGCGACAAACUACUGACAGCUGCAUUGGAGCCAUCGCCUGUGAAAGACCUACGUCCGAGGCUGCCCCGUACUCCUAUUUAUGUGUGCAAGCAGUGUAACCAGACAUUCGACGAGUUGGGUAAACUGCUGCAGCACGAAAUGGAUCAACACUCAAGCGGGACUGUGUCGGCGCGCAGAAUCUACCAACAUCAAUGCAACAUAUGCAGCAGCUCAUAUCGAACGGUUACGCUGCUGAAUUAUCACAUGAAAAGGCAUGCACCUCGUAAAGUUCAAUGUGAACAGUGCCCCAAGGAGUUUACGUCCAAUUCGGAGAUGGAGGAGCAUGUGGGGUCGGAGCAUGUUGAGUCGAAACAAGUGAAGUUGGAACAUGUAAAGUCGGAGCAGUUAGAGUUGGGUAAUGUGAAAUCGGAGCAUGCCAAAAAAAUUGACUUGAAAUGCGGAAUCGAUGGUUGCACCAAGACAUUCAAUUACAAACAUCAUCUAAAGCGUCAUCAGACAGCUUCCCAUACUCCCGUUCAGUAUAUAUGUCCCAAGUGUGGACGCGAUAUGUUGACCAGUCUCAAACUGAGGCAUCACAUGUAUAUCCACAAAAGCACACACUCAUACAAGUGUCCCAAGUGUGUGCGCACUUAUAUAAGAGGCAACAGUUUUCGAAGACACGCUUUGCGUGAACACAAAUGGGAUCCGACUGAUGGCGAAAUGGCCAACAUAUAUUGCGUUAAUGAAACACCGCCGUCGAUGCAAUAUUCGAUACGGGAACUAAGAUCGGUGAAUGUUGAAAAUGAACAGUCGGAUUAGUUAUUUGACGCAUCAAGUGGAUAGCGUGAUGAGAAUAUUAUAGUAUAUUUUGAAUAAGUUGUAUAAAUACCAAUAGGCAGUUAAUAACUUAAUUGCCAAUUGUACAGUGGUUUAAGUAGUUUAAGUAAAUUGUUCACUCUCACUCUCUUAAUUUAUAAUUGUCAUAAAAAUUGCCUGUUUAAUUAUGUCGGGAUCCUAAACAUCAAUUAGUUGUGACAAACAUUUAUUUAAAUACAUAUACAUAGAUAUAUACUUAAGCACACACUAACACAUUAUAAUAUGACUUAAAAAAGGAGUUGUUUUGUGUAAUACCUUUGCAAAAGGGGUAGAGUUAUUAACAUUAUGGAUUGAUCACAUUAAAUUUCGCACUUAUGUAUUCAUUAGAUCUUCUUUAUUUUAACCUACUUCGUUUAUAAUAUAUGCUCGAAUUAAGUACAUUUCUCAAUUCACUUGGAUUAAUAUUUAAUACAUAUUAUGUUAACAACAA